AUGAUUGUGCGAAGGCAGGGUGCUGAUGAAACACAUAAAGAUUUUACAGUUCGUCGACACAGGGUGCUUGAAGCUAUAUUGUGGUUGAAAACAAACAAUCCAUUUUUCAAAGAUAUUGAGAUUGACAGGGAUAUUAUCCAAAGUCUACCUGAAAAUGGUGUCCCUGAAGAGCUAAGGUAUAUUAUUGAAGACAAUGAACUUCCAGUUCAUGUUGAAAAUGAGGGCCCCCCACAAGAACCUGUAAUGAGUGCUAAUGCAACAGUUGAAGAAUUAGUUUUAGGAAAUGGCAGUACAUCAUUUAUUCCUAUGCGGCGAAGACAAAGAAAGGAUGGUGCAGCUAUUCAAGAUGCAGUGAAUGAGGUUGACCCUUUGGACUGGCCCUCAACUGAAGGUAAUGCUUUUAAUGAGUUUAAAACAGAUGGUUUGGCAAGCAUGGCAUUUCCCACACUAUUUCCCCAUGGGAAAGGUGACCCAACAAACAGAGUCAGGCAACAUGAGGUAAGUUUGGCAGAGGCAUUCAAACACCUGAUGAAGUUUGCAGAGAGGCUGCCAAAUGGUAAGUUUGAAUGGAGGUUUGCCUCACAUCCCCGGUUUCCAUACUGGGCAUUGAAUAUGAAGCAGAGACAUCAGUUGUUGUCACAAGAUAACAUUUACUUGCGGCAACAUCCAGCAGAUGCUAACAUGACUAUGGAGGAGCUGAAGACAAUGGUAAACUCGAUGAGUGCAAAUCAAAUGGUAAAUCGUUUGCAACGUUAUGUUUCAAAAAUUCAAGGAACAAAUCAGUAUUGGUAUCAGAGACUACAAGAACUCUUGGCCCUGAUUGAACAAAAAGGUUGCUCAAGAACAGAAAGAGCACAAGCAGUGAUAGACAAUCCACACAUGACAGAUUGGUUCUUCAUGCAAAGGCUACAGGAGUUUAUCAAACAUUGGCUUCAAGGUGUCUUGGGUGCUGAAUGGUUUUGGUAUAGGUUUGAAUAUCAGGCCAGAGGUAGUAUACAUGCUCAUGGAUGUGCUAAAUUAAAGAAUGACCCAGAUAUCCGGUUAUUACGUAAACGUGCAUGUCAAGCAGUGCUUGAGAAAGAGAAAGAAAAUGAAAUGUCCCCUGACGAUUUUGAAUUCUCUUGCCAGGAUAUUGUCAGAGAGGGUGAAGAUGCGGAAAGAAAGCUAAUCAGGUGA